GCGGAUGGGGCGGGGGCGGUUGCUCCUGCGGUUGGUUUUGCGAAUGACGGGCAGUACCUGCUGGUGUCGGAGGCCAGCAUUGCGGACCUGCGGACCCGCCUGCAGCCGUUGUUGCUCUGGCGCAACAACGCCAGCAGCAGUGACAGCAGUAGCAGCGGCAGCCAGGGAAUGGCAAGCAGCAGCAGCACAUCCGCAGCAACGGUAGCAGCAGGUGGUGUCUGCAUUUCCUCCCCCUCCCCAUCCUCCAACCUUCUCGACCCAGAGCACCUCAUCGCUCGGCUGAGGCCCAACCUCAUCGUCUCGGGCUUUCGGCCGUACGACGAAGACACCUGGACUGCCGUACAAAUCGGUAGUGGUGGUGAUGCUAGUUUUUCUGGUAGGGGUGCGGGUGGUCCAAAUCAGUCCGCUGCUACCGCUGCUGUGGCUGUUGUCGUUGCUGCCAGCCCCACCGCUGGCAGCAUCACGCCUGGCGCUGCUCCGAUUGCCUGCACCGCUGCUACACGCGGCGGCUUGAGUAGCGAUGUGAGCAUCGAUGUGAAUAGAGGAAGGGAAGGAGGGGAAGGGGAAGGAGGACAAGCUACAGCGGCAGCCACGGCGACAUCAACAACGACAACAGCAGCAGCAGGGGGAGAGCGCUCUGGCAGCAGCAGUGCAGCACCCAUACAGCUGCAGGUGCUGGGCGGCUGUCCGCGAUGUGAGCUGCUGCAGAUCGACCCAUGGGUCGGUGUGCGGCGGGGCCCGGAGCUCCUCGUGGCUAUAGCGCAGUACAGGCGAG